AAUGAAAGUUUAUUAGAUCAAUUAUAUUUCUUCAAAUUAUCUAUAAAAAAAAAUAAAAAUAAAAAUUAUAUUUCUUCAAAUCUCCGUUCAACGUGGAGCUACGUGGAUCUGUUUCCCUGCUCUCUCAUUUUCACCAACUGCUAGCAGGGUGAUCAACGAAUUCCUACGGCCCUGUUUCUUUUGGGAGGAAAUUUUUCCUAGGAAAAAGAUUUUGGUCUCAAAGGCACAAAGCGAUCCUCGGCAGCAAUCUUAAAAUGAGAUAGGCAAAACGGAACCGUAGGUCUGACCCUGGUAUAAGAUUUGUAUUUUACUGCAUAUUUGUUGUGUUCAGAUUUGUCAAGCUUCUUUAUUUAGGAUUAGGGGCUGAUAAGUCUUUAAUUUUGUCAUUGAAUGGAGAGAUUAUUGAUUGUGCAAUAGGCGGUGAAAGUCAGCGUGGGCGAAUUGUGGGUUGUUUCAUGGGCAUCCUUGAAUCUUCCGAAAGGAAAUUUUUAUUUAGGAUUAGCGGCUGGUUGAGUCUUUGAUUUUGUCAGUGAAUGAAGAGAUUCUUGAUUGUGCAAUAGGCAUUGAAGUUAGCUUGUGGGUUGUUUCAUGGGGACUCUUGAAUCUUUCAAAAGGAAAUCCUUUUUUAGGAUUAGGGGCUGAUUAAUUAAGUCUCUUGAUUUUCUCAGUGAAUGUGAUUGUGCAAUAGGCAGUGAAGUGAGCGUGGGUUAAUUGUGGGUUAUUUCAUGGGCAUCCUUGAAUCUUGCAAAGGGAGAUCUUUUCGGCGCACCCACCCCGUUUCUGACCACUCCAGUUCCAGCCAGCAGCUCAUUGCCCCAGAAAUCUGCACAGAACGCCCCAAAGAUGGAAACUUAAAUGCCCUUUCUGACCCCUCCAGUUUCAGCUUGAAUUCCCAGCAGCUCAUUGCCCCAGAAAUCUCCAAAGAAAGCCCCAAAGAAAGCCCCAAAGAUGAAAACUUACCUGCCCUUUCUGACCCCUCCAGUUCCAGCUUGAAUUCCCAGCAGCUCAUUGCCCCAGAGAUCUCCAAAGAAAACCCCAAAGAUGAAAACUUACCUGCCAUUAGUCCCACCAAGAAAGAAGCCAUCGUGAGCCAUGGAAUUAAAAACAAAGCUUAUCAUGUCUUGGGACGUAAGACCGCUAACUUCCGUAAGCUUUACGUGUUGGGUCGUGAAUUACGACGAGAACUGCGUGGGAGUACUUAUCUAUGCAUGGAGAUUGCCACGGAGAUUAAGUAUGCCUGUAAGUUUAUCUCAAAGAAGAAGUUAAAUUCUGAGGAGGAAGUGGAGGAUGUUAGGAGGGAGAUUCAUGUACUGCACCAUUUAGCAGGUUACAAGAAUAUUGUAACCAUCAAGGCUGCAUAUGAGGAUCCCUUGUAUGUGUAUAUUGUGAUGGAGCUUUGUGAAGGUGGUGAGUUCUUUGAACGGAUCAACCAGAGCAGACGUUUCAGUGAGAGAGAGGCUGCUGAAUUAACAAAGAUCAUUGUAGGGGUUGUUCAGGAUUGCCACUCUCUCGGGGUAAUGCAUAGAGAUCUCAAGCCUGAGAACUUCUUGUUGCUUGACAAAGAUGACGAUUUCUCUCUCAAAGCUGUUGAUUUUGGGCUCGCUGUUUUCUUCGAACCAGGCCAAGUUUUCACUGAUAUGGCUGGAAGCCCACAUUACAUGGCUCCUGAGGUAAUCCAUAGGCGUUAUGGGCCAGAAGCAGAGGUGUGGGCAGCAGGGGUCAUACUAUAUAAAUUGCUAAGUGGCGUGCCUCCAUUUUGGGCAGAAACAGAACAGGGAGUAUUUGAUGCAGUGUUGAAGGGACAUAUUGACUUCGAAUCAGACCCAUGGCCCCUAAUAUCUGGCAGUGCAAAGGACCUAAUCCAGAAAAUGUUAUGUUCUUGGCCUUCAGAACGUUUGACUGCUCAUGAUGUUUUAUGCCAUCCUUGGAUAUGUCAAAAUGGAGUUUCUCCUGAUAGAGCACCGGAUCCAGCUGUACUUUCUCGUCUAAAACAGUUCUCUGCAAUGAAUAAGUUAAAGAAGAUGGCUUUACGGGUAAUAGCUGAAAAACUUUCUGAGGAAGAGCUUGCUGGUUUGAGAGAAAUGUUUAAGGUGAUGGAUACUGACAACAAUGGUAAAAUUACGUAUUAUGAACUAAAGGCUGGUUUGCAAAGAUAUGGCUCUGUCUUGAAGGAUACAGAAAUACGUGGUCUCAUGGAUGCUGUUGAUGUGGACUAUAGUGGCGCUAUCGACUAUGGGGAAUUUAUAGCUGCAACAAUGCAUCUUAAGAAACUAGAACGUGAGGAAAAUCUCCUUGCAGCAUUUCAAUACUUCGACAAGGAUGGAAGUGGUUAUAUUACAGUUGAUGAGCUCCAGCAAGCUUGUACAGAACAUAACAUGACUGUUGUUUAUCUUGAACAUAUUGAAGAUAUAAUCAGAGAUGUUGAUCAAGAUAAUGAUGGAAUGAUCAAUUAUGGUGAAUUUGUUGCUUUGAUGCAAAAGGGCAAUGUUGAAAUUGGAAGACAAAAUAUGCAAAAGAGACUGAUUUUGGGUUCAAGCUGGAGGUCCUGGUUGCUGCAGAGAUGAUUUCCAGAUAAUCUCCUUCAGCAAUGAUUUUAUUCAAACCCUGAACACAAGGGAGCACAAAAGCCGCCUUUAUUACAUCCGAAAGACCUUUUUAUUUAUAUGAUUAUCAAGAAGUAGUGUCUAAACUUGUAGUCCUGUAUACUGACUUGGCACGUUGGCUGUUUGUACAACAAAGCCCCAAAUUAAAGUUGGUUCCUAAAUGAUGUGUCACAAUCUCAUGUGAUCAAUUAUUUUGGAAAAUAUGUCAUAAUCUCAUGGAAUUGUGACACAUCAUUUGGGGAACUAACUUUUGGAAGAAAAAAAAUUGGAAUGUCUAGCAUUUCUCAAAGAAAAUUAGUGAUGAAGAAACAAUUUCAAUUCCUUGGCUCCAAAA